AUGGCAAAGAGAAGUAAUAAUUUUUCGGCGGCAGAAAUUGAAUCAUUGCUUGAAAUUGUGGAAAAGCACAAAAAAAUCAUAGAAUGCAAAAAAAGUGAUGCAGUGACCACAUUAAUGAAGAACAAAGAGUGGAAAACAAUAAGCGAGGAAUUCAACAGUGGCAGCAGCGCAUCCUUUCGCGAUGAAAAAGUUCUUAAAACGAAAUACUAUAAUUUAAAGAAAGAAAUGCGGAAAAAGGCAGCAUUCAACAAACGCAGCCUAUGUGGAACUGGUGGUGGCCCUCUAAAGGAAAUCAGUGUUACAAAUGUGGAUAUGAAGUUGCGUGAGAUAAUGGGUGCACAGCAAAUCAAGGGGAUGGAAGCUAGUUAUGAUUGUGACCAGGACAGCUCGGAACAAAGACCAGCAUUGACAUAUAAUGAUGAAGUAAUGAUCAUCGAAAAACUUGAAAGUCCAGAGACGGUUCUUGGGGAUGACGACGGCGUACAAAUACAAAAGGUUUUUGGUGACGAUAGUGAACAAGUACAAAGCGCUGAUGAUUACCAACCCAUUAGUUUGCGAUCCACUAAAAAUAAAAAGCUCAGAGUACUGCAGAAUCCGGCUCACAAUAAUAUAUCGUGGUCGAAAUUAGCAACAAUAAAAGCGAAUUGGAGCGAAAAGAAGAGCCGUGUUGAAAUAGAUCUACUGCAAGAGGAACAUGAAAAAAAGAUGAUGAUGUUGCAGCGGCAAAUAGAACAAAACGAAAUCGAGCAUGAAAUGCGCAUGGCAAUUCUAAGGAAACGAAACAAAGAGAUGGAUUUGAAAAUAAAUAAAUUUGAGGAAAAGUCACGAAAAUAA